AUGUGGACGCCUCUCGUCGUUUCGACCACCCUGGUCGCAUUGGGACCAUCCUUGGUCGCCGCCACAUCUGGCCAUUUUGCAGAUCUCGUCGCUCGCUCUCAGCUCGUUGGACGAGACGCCGAGCUUCUCGCUAGCUACGACUAUGUGAUCGUUGGUGGUGGCACUACUGGCCUCACCGUUGCCGACCGCUUGACAGAGAACGCAUCGAUCAAAGUACUCGUCAUCGAGGCAGGCGAUUUGGACGCAGGCGAAGAUGAAAUUCUCAUCCCAAGAUAUGCGUUAGGAGCUCCCGCCAAGUACUGGUACAACCUCCCUAGUGUCCCUCAGGUUGGGCUCAACAAUCGCUCGACAGUCCUCCAGGCUGGAAAGAUCGUCGGAGGUGGCAGCGCGGUUAACGGCAUGUUCAUGCCGCGAGGUGCCCAAGCCGACUAUGACAUCUGGAGAGACCUAGGAAAUACAGGCUGGGGCUGGAGUGAUCUAUUACCAUAUUUCAUCAAGAGCGAAACAUUCACGCCGCCCUCUGCACAACUGGCAGCACAAUUUAACAUUACGUACGACAUGCGAUACCACGGAACAAGCGGACCAGUCCAAUCGAGCUACCCUCCAUUCUUGUAUCCAGCUGUCAGUGAGCGAUUCAACAAUUUGGAUCUCAUGUGCCAUAUGAUUAUGCCUCUGGCGACGCCACUGGUGGUUACUGGGCCCCUAACACACUCGAUCCUGUCACCCGAACCCGGUCCUACGCCCGGACAGCUCACUACGACCCUGUCAAGUCACGAACGAACCUGCAUCUACUUGCCAGCACCACUGUCACCAAAAUCAACUUUAAUGGAGUCACCGCAAUUGGCGUCUCGGUUAGUAUCCCAAUUUGCAUCCGGACGUGAUCAACCAGUUCAGUCGGUAAAGGCUGCGAAGGAGGUGAUUCUUGCGGCGGGUGCUCCACAUACUCCGCAAAUCCUCCAAAUUUCGGGCGUUGGUCCCAAGAAGCUACUUACCUCGUUGGGAAUCAACGUUAUAUCCGACUUACCCGGAGUGGGAGCAAACUUCCAUGAUCAUCCUUUCUUCCAGACCGACGGAACCGUCGCCAACGAUCUCAAUCCCAGUCCGGCCAACAAUACCAACACGACAUGGAUGGCAGAGCAGCUUGAGCUCUACCGAUCACGACAUGAAGGUGUCUAUACGACAAGUCUAGGUAACGCGGCUGCCUUCUUGCCCUUAAACGAAAUCACCUCUCUGUCCAACAACAUCGUCAACCAAUUCAACCAACAGAACCCUCAAAACUACUUCCCAUCUGGAGUCGACUCCACCAUUAUUGCCGGGUUCAAGGCUCAGCGUGAGGUGCUGGCCAAGUACAUCAAGCAAGGCAAGGUCGCCAUGGGUGAAUUCAUCGGUGGCACCGGAGCUGGUAUGGUCCUCGUCCUCCUCAAACCCUUAUCUCGUGGUUCUAUCACCAUCAAGUCGACGAGUGCGUUUGACGAUCCCGUCGUCGACUUUGCCACCAUGCGUAACCCACUCGAUCUCGCCAUCCUCACCGAGAUGGUCAGGGCGUGGAGAAAGUUGUUGCUCACCCCUGCACUUCAAACCAUGGGUCCGACGGCGACGAGCCCCUCGGCGAACAUCACUUCGGAUGCGGAUAUUCAGGCCUUCCUCAAGGACAACCUCCAGUCGAGCCUGUGGCAUCCUUCGGGAA